AUGGCGGGGCCUACGAAGGGGAAGAAGAAGAAGCAGCGGCGGCUGGGGCCCCCCGAAGUAAUUCGGUUUAAAGAAACAAUUCAGUAUUUGCUGCUGAAGAAUUUGGUGUUGGAAGCAAACAAAGAUCCGCUGCUGCUGGACCGCGUGCUGCUGCUGCCCACGCAGCAGCAGCAGCAGCAGCAGGGGGGAGAGGAGGAGGAGGAGCAGCAGCAGCAAGAGGAGCUGCAGCAGCAGCAGGGGCAGCAGCAUCAGGCGGAAGAGCUGCAGGAAGACGAGCAGCAGGAAGAUGAGCACCAAGAGGAAGAGCAGCAGGAAAGCGAGCAGCAGCAGCAGCAACAGCAGCAACAGCAGCAGCAGCAAGCAGACGAUGAAGAAGACAUGAGGAGAUUUGGGUUGCUGCUGCACCUCCUGGGCCGUCUGGCCGAUGAACUUAAAGCCUCGAAGCCAAAGGACUACCGCUUUUUGUGGGCGCCGGAGCUGCUGGCGCCUUCUCCGCAGUACUGCCCUUCUGGGUAUCCGCUGUACGUGCUGCGUUACGUGCGGCGGAUUGCUGCUGCUGCUGCUGCUGCAGCAGCAGAAGCAGCAGCAGGCGACGCAGCGGGGGGCGAGGCAGACGGCGCUGCUGCUGCUGCUGCAGCUGUUGCUGUGAGGCAGGCCUCAGAUGCUGCAGCUGCUGCUCCAGAAGACGGGCAGCUUUUGGGCGCCGCGCAGCAACAGCAAGGGCCUUCCGCAGCAGCAGCAGCAACAGCAGGCCGUGCUUUUGGGGGCUGGCUCAGCGACGCGCUGCAGCAGCAGGAAGCAGAAGCCGGCAGCAGCACGCACCGCAGCAGCGGCAGCGGCAGCAGCAGCAGCGACAGCAGCAGCAGCUGCAGGCUGGAGCUAGACGGACUAAGCGUUUGUUUGCCGCUGGAAGUUUGUGAGCGCUGCAGGCUGUUUCUGCUGCUGCUGCGCAGCAGCGCAGCAGCUGUGCUGCAGCUAGCAGCAGCAGGCCUCAGCAGUAACUUCGCAGGGGGCCUUGUGGGGUUUCUGGGGCAGCUCAAGUCCCGGCUGCAGCAGCUAGAUGGACUUUGGAUUGAAACGGAAGCAAAUCUUGCAAAGAGACUUUAUGCUGCAGCAAACGAGCGGCUGCUGCCCCUCGUCCUGCUCCUAGACGCAGAGGCCAAAAUAACGCGCUGCGAAGCAGAAGAGGAUGCCAUAGAGCUCGCGGAGACAGUCAUAUUUUUUGAGCUGCGGCUGCCAGCAAACUACAAGCAGCUCUGCUCCCAAGUAAUCAGAGCCUACCUGCGAGGUGCGAGCAGCAGCAGCAGCAGCAGCAGCAGCAGCAGCAGCAGCAGCGGCAGCAGCAGCAGCAGAUCCAGUGCAUUGUGCUGUCCUUUUGCAGCGCGCAUUGUUUUGAGGGAGGUUCCCCGAGUUAGAGUCAAGUUAGACCUCGAGGACAACGUCGCUGCUGCUGCUGCUGCUGUCGUUGCUGCUGCUGCUUUCUUGCUCGAUGGCUGCUAA